AUGGUAAUCCAGCACCAGAAGGGUAAGUUGCACACUAAUGCAGAUGCUCUUUCCCGUAUAGACACAUCACCUAACCAUCAUGUACACAAAGUACUACCUGAUCAUCUUCCAUGUGGUAGUUGUUCAUAUUGUCAACGAGCUCAUGCUAGAUGGGCGAGCUUCAGAGAUGAGGUGGAUGAUGUGGUGCCAAUUGGUCAAGUCAAUGUUGUACGGGUAGAGAGAGAAAACACAGAGGGACAGGUAACUAUUGAAAUUUACAGACCUUCCUCCGAUGAUGAGACUAACGAAAUAUCUAUUUUGCAGGAUGAGGGUAGGGUUUUUGCAGUGAAACCAAGCUCUGAUGUAGCGAUGUGUUGGGGUUAUUCGUGUGACGAAAUCAAGCAGCAUCAACGGAGUGAUUCAGAUCUCAUACCUGUCUUUGAUUGGUUGGAGAACGAAGAGCCCUCCAAGGAUAGACUGUUCCUUACUAGCCCCGCUACUAAGUUCUUUUGGUUAAACAGAAAACGCCUACAUCUUACUGACAAGGGAAUCCUGUUUCUGAGACGAGAAGAUUCAGCAGGACACCUUUUGGUGUUACCAAGGGAGUUACAACCAAUAGCCUUGCGGUUACACCACGACAUACCUUCUGCUAGUCAUCAAGGAGUCAAACGGACCAAACACCGACUUAAAGAGAAAUUCUGUUGGUAUGGGAUGGGCAAGGAUGUUGAGCGAUAUGUUACAACCUGUGAAAAUUGUAAUCGCAGUAAGAAGACGACUCGUAAGGGUAAAUACCCGAUGACCGAGUUUCAUGCUGGGGUACCGAUGGAGCGGGUGCAUAUUGACUUCCUGGGCCCCUUGCCAAAAACAGAACAAGGUAACAUCUACAUAUUGGUAAUGGUCGACCAAUUCACUAAGUGGGUGGAAAUUAGUUCCCUUCCCUCCCAGACGUCUGAAGUCACUGCUAGAGCGGUGGUAAGGGAUUUCUUCUCUCGUUUUGGGGUCCUUUUUCAGUUGCAUUCUGAUCAGGGGAGGAAUUUCGAAAGUGAAUUGUUCAUCUCUCUUUGUAAAGUUUUACAGAUCCACAAGACUCGUAGCACUAGCUAUCGACCAUCCGCCAACGGUCAAGUGGAACGUUUCAACAGAACAUUGAUGGAUGCUGUGAGGUGUUUUAUGGGGAAAAGACAGAAAGAUUGGGAUAUCCAUCUUCUGCAAAUUGCCGGAGCUUUACGUUCCACCGUUAACCGUUCCACAGUUUUCACUCCAAACAUGCUGAUGCUGGGUCACGAGGUUAGUCUACUUGCUGAUCUAGUUUUUGGUGAUGGGAUACCGGAGAACGCUGCGGAAGUAGGGACCUAUAUUACUGAGCUAGUAACCUCCAUUCGAGAUGCUCAUGAGGUAGCAAGACAGACCUUAAGGGAAACUCAGAGGCACAUGAAACGAAAUUAUGAUCUUCGUAUCCUGAAACGUCCUUAUCAAAUAGGGGAUAAGGUAUAUGUGUUGGAUCAUAGUUCACCGAAGGGUAAAUGUAAAAAGUUAUGCCCUCCUUGGAAGGGUCCAGGGGUUAUAAUUGAGGUAAUCACGCCAUAUUUGUUUAGGGUGAAAUUGAGGAAUAAGGUAAUGACCCUCAACCAUGACAAGUUGAAGCCCUGUCGAGACAGGCAGCUUCCAAAAUGGUUAACUAACUUUUCUUUACCAAGUUCUUCAUUCACAGAUAAGGAAGAUGAUGACUCGCCAGACACACUGUAUUGUUACUGUCGCCAGCCUUGGGCUGGUACUUUUAUGAUCCAAUGUGACUACUGUGAUGUCUGGUACCAUGGUUCUUGUGUGAAUGUCUUGCAGCUGGACGCGCUGAACACUGAUUUGUACAAAUGCGCUGGUUGCCGAGAUUAA